GAAGGAGCGGAGCGGACAAACAAAGAUGGCGGCGUCUGAGGCGGCCGAGGCGGGCCUGGGGACGGAGGGCUGAGCAGCCGCGGCCGAGCCAGAGCGUCAUGUCGGGGCCAGACGAGCGCGAGCCCGGCGGGGGGGCGGCGGCCGGCGUCGUGGCCGCGGGCGCCGGGGUUCCUCUGGCGCUGGGGGAGGCGGCGGGGCCUGGCCCGGGGGGCGCGGAGGAGCCGGGGCCGCCGCUCGGGGCUGGUGGGGCGGGCGCGGGGGGAGGCGGCGGUGGCGGCGGCGGCGGCCUUGCCCGGCAGGGCCAGCCCGAGCCCGGCGGCGACCGCGACUCCGACGCGCCACCCAAGAAGCGACUGAAGCUGCCGGGCGGAGCCGAGGGAGGCGGCGGCGGCGUCAAGCUGGAGGAGCGGCUCUACUCGGUCCUCUGCUGCACGGUGUGCCUCGACCUGCCCAAGGCCUCCGUCUAUCAGUGUACAAACGGUCACUUAAUGUGUGCUGGGUGCUUCAUCCACCUGCUGGCAGAUGCCCGGCUGAAAGAGGAGCAGGCCACUUGCCCCAAUUGCCGCUGCGAGAUCAGCAAGAGCCUCUGCUGCCGAAAUCUUGCCGUAGAGAAAGCAGUGAGCGAGCUGCCAUCGGAGUGUGGCUUCUGCGUGCGUCAGUUUCCUCGCUCUCUUUUGGAGAGGCAUCAGAAAGAAGAAUGCCAGGACAGAGUUACUCGGUGCAAGUACAAGCGGAUUGGGUGCCCCUGGCAAGGCCCUUUCCACGAGCUGACCGUACACGAGGCAGAGUGCACACACCCAACCAAGACGGGGAAUGAGCUGAUGGAGAUUCUGGAUGAAAUGGACCAAACGCAUAAAAAGGAGAUGCAGCUGUACAACAGCAUAUUUGGCCUGCUCAGCUUCGAGAAGAUUGGCUAUACAGAGGUUCAGUUCCGUCCUUACCGAACAGAUGACUUCAUCACCCGCCUCUACUAUGAGACUCCGCGGUUCACGGUGCUGAACCAGACCUGGGUACUGAAGGCUCGAGUUAACGACUCGGAACGAAACCCUAACUUGUCGUGCAAGCGGACUCUCUCCUUCCAGCUCAUUCUCAAGAGCAAGAUCAACUCCCCUAUGGAGUGCUCGUUCCUGCUGCUCAAAGGACCUUACGAUGACGUGAAAAUCAACCCUGUGAUCUAUCACUUUGUCUUUACCAACGAGAACAACGAGACAGACUACGUGCCGCUCCCCAUCAUAGACUCCGUGGAAUGUAACAAAUUGCUGGCAGCCAAGAACAUCAACCUGCGUCUCUUUAUAUUCCAGAUACAGAAGUAAGCGUAAGCAAAGCUUGGCUUUUCCAGGAGUGACCGAGAGAGAAUGAGAGGGCCAGAGAGAAAGCGUGCACCACUCAACCAGAGUUACCUCGAACGGCUGCCUCGACCCCUUUAUGAUUCCACAAUUAUUUGAUUAUUUUAAAGAGAACAUUUUGCAUGUCUGGUAUUACAACAGCUUUGAGCGGUCGCUGCCUUCCUCGUCUCUCCCCCCAUCUCUGCCAGGAAUAGGCGACUGGGGAAUCGGCUUGGUGCAGGGUACUGACGAGGCUUGAGAGCGUCAAGCUGGCAACCACCAAUCAAUACAUUGUGAAAAGGCUGCAUCUGUCUCAUGAUUGUGUGUGAUCUCCACAAUGUAGUGUCAGGGUGGUUGGGUGGCGGUCUUAAGGUCCUUCACUGUGUCCUCCUGCCCUGGUGGGGAGACAUUCUGGCUUGAAUAAUAGUAGCAAGAAUUGGGUAGAAUCUGGAAGUGGUGGGUUCUGUCUUCGAUUUACUGGAAUAAAACAAAUGGGAGAUUCUCAGAUAACCAAGUCAUCUUUAGAGACACCUCCCCCCCCCCCCGCCCCAGGCAAGGGGCUUUUUGCCAGUCUCCUUCUAACUGGGCUAAAAUGCCACAUUCUAACAAGUUAUGUAGAGAGGGGAGAUAAUAGCGUACUGGGUGCUUUGUGGCAUGAAUGAGUAGCAGGCUCACCAAUCUUCCAUUUGUGUAUCAGUAGUUCAAAUCAUGCCCCCCCCCAAAUCAGCUUUUUCCGUACGGUUGAGCUGCUGGCUGGUGAAGAAGCGUUUGAAAUGAAGUUAGGAUUAAUAGAAGGUUAAUGAUGACAAAUGGAAAAGUUGCUGGCUCUUCCUUUCCGGCAGGAAGUAGCAUCCUCAACAUGGCUUGAAUUGCACUUCAUAAGGAGAGAAUCCAGAGAGGUCCCAGCGUUGCCCUGUUCCUUCUGUUCCACCCCAGUCCCCACCCCACCCCACCCCCACCCAUCAGGCUUGAGAUCUUGACAGACUAGAUAAGAAGCUGACCCACAUAGAACUGACCCACAUCAGUGCAGACUUCUCGGAAUGCAGGGUGAUUUAUUCUGUCUGUUUGGGGAACUUUCCCAAUACUUUGAAAAAAACCUUUCUUUCUUUCUUGUGCAAAUGAGUUAACAGACUCUUCUAGUAAUUAUGCAAUUUUACAAUGUGAUUUUAUGUAUGUAAUAUAUAUAUAUAUAUAUAGAUAUAGAUAUAUGGAUGAGGAUAGCGUGGCCGUUCACCAAAUUUCAACGAGAUCUACAGGGAUAUUUUGCUUGAUGCUCUUAAACAUAUUUUUAACUGGGGUGGGGGGGAAUUGGUGGUGGAUGAAGACUGUAUCAUGAGGAACUAUUUGGUUACAUUGCACAUCCAAGAUGAUUUUCUUCCCUCUCCUUUUGACUCCUCCCCCCUCAUCCUCAUGCCAUAUUUUAUUUAAAGGAAGCUACUUUUGGUGGCAAGUUAUGCUUUAUAUGGACUAAUUGGAUCAGGUAUGUUUUUUAAAACGUGAGAAUUUGCUGCAGGUGCUGUCCUCCUUGGGACUUAUUGCUGUUAAAAGGGUAGCAAAUCAGCGUUCCCCCCCCCCAAUUUUAAUGUCCUCCUUUCUCCCUUCAGCCUCCUGGUCAUAGUGGUGGCGGGUGGUAGUCAAAGAAGCAUUUUUAGAAAUGUGGGGAAUUAGUCUGCGAUGUCCCAGGAGUAGGCUGGUCUGUUGUCACUAUGACCCACCAAGCUAUGUGCGGCCCACCAGCUGCAUGCUGUGCUGUGCCUAGUACGUGGACACCCGUCUUGUGUUUGUCCUGGCAGGGCAGCAAAAGCUCCUGGUGGGCUGUCAUACAUGCUCUUGAGAGUCCCAGAGUAGGAGAAUGUCUUCGUAUGUGUUGAGAAAAAGUAAAGUGCCCAGGGAUAACGAGAACUGAAGGUUGGCAAGCUGUUUAGCAGGGUGCUGCAGCUGGUGGCAUGUUAAACUGUUUAGCAAAGGACUUGCCCCAUAAUAUAUCAAUCCUGUCUGAUGGGAAUGUGAAGGCAGAGCUUCUUUCCUGAGCAGCAUGGGUGGGAUACAUGGAAUAUCUGAAACAGUUGUGAGCUUCAGAGGAAGAGCUUUUCAGACAUGCAUACAGUUGUGCCUUGUUUGUUUGUUUGAGCUGGUGAUUAGGAAUUAUUGACCAACUAGGCAGGGUUUUGGUUUUGUAUUACCAGUUGAGGGUUGACUUUAAUUGCAAGGACUCUGAACCAGAAACUAGUUCUUAAGAUCUCCACAAAGCAGACUGCAUGCUAAAGCCCCCCCCCCUUUCCAAUCAACUUCUUGUAAUGGGCGCUUUUGAGAAUUGGCAGCCUGCAAGAUCAGCCUUUGAAAUGGUCUGUGAAGGGCAGCACACUUGCUCAAAACGCUUGGAACAAGACUGCCCCUUAGAUGCCUGUGUGUGCAUGCAACUGUCUUCCUUGUAUUUGGGAAUGCAAACCAGCGCUGAGCACCUUCUCAGGUAUUUGGAACGAAGAGGCUGCCUCUGGGCUCAAGUGCAGAACCUGUGGAUUGAGGAAGCUUGCAGCUUGUCCUGACGUGGGUGGCAGGGAACUAAAGCUCAUGGAUCCUUUUAUUGUGGAGCAGAUUUCAAGAUUGCAGCCUCUAAAUAAUAGCCGGAAUUAGCACAUCACUUAAUCCUUAAACUGGAGCAAGUCUAGACUUGAAAUCAUUCUUCCCUACCCUACUCACAUACUGUGUUUGCUCUUAGAAAUAAAUGCACACAGCAAAGGUUUUACUUGUAAAAGGAGCUCAUGUAUAUACUAAUGCAUAAGUUAAGAAAUCUGCUCACCUUGCUUCCAGGGACUGGCUUCAGCAUUAACCUUACUUAAUGAGUAGAAGUGAUAUACUAAGUAACUGCAGAAGAAGGAAUGCUUUCCAAGGGCCCGCCUUUCCUGCAGCCCAUCUCUGGAAGGCCGUAGGAAAGCACAGACCUCGUCCUCAUGUAAAUGGAAAAGGCAGCAUCAAUUCCCACAGAGGCUAGCAAUGGAAAGAAGAAGUGCUGAUGAUGCCUAUAUUCAGAGCUCCCCAGACCCUGAUGUUUGGCAUGCAGUCGGGUCACUUGGAUGCAAGAGCGUCUUUGGGAGUAGCUCUUACCAGUUGGGUGUUGGAAGAGCUACCGUGGUAGUUAGGAGGAAGGAAGUGUUCUUAGCAGGACCUCAGAGCCCUCUCAUAAGAAGCGGAACACAAUCCUGGGGAUGGGAAGAGAAGGAAGAUGAGGUUGUGAACAAUCUUGUCCAAUAGGCAGUACCUCUCUCCCAAGGGAUGGAAGUGUCUGGAGGAACACCAGUGGAAAGGGGGGUUUGCUUGGCAUCUCACUUGGUUGUGGAAAGCAAAAUGGGCUUGAUCCUUGAGAUUCAAAACAUGGCAAACCACACGGAGCCUCUUCCUUUCCCUCCCUUUGGAUCCUACCGGAGAACACCUGUCAAUAUUUUCAUAAAGCGCCUGAGAGAUGGAGGGUUGGGCAGUCACCACAUAGAAUGGUAUUCACAUUUGUUUUACUUGGAGCAAACCUGUUUAAAUUAAUGGGUCUGACCUAGUCAUGUUCUUUAACUUCAAUAGGUCUAUUCUAAAACUUAGUUGGAUGCUACCCAUGGAGUCUUCCAUGUGUGGACUUUUUCUACUGGGUCAUCUCCUGUUGCUGCUUUUUUUUUAAAGAGGAAUUUGUGAUGUAGUAACUUUACGUGAAGUGCAGUUGAAUUGUGCUACAAACAAGCUCCUUUCCAGAGUUGGGGUAUCUUGGGUGUGAGUUCUCCCACCCAGACACUUCAAUACAUUUGGCAUCUACCUCCUGAAAAGAGGCCUGCUGCCACAUUCUUCCUUCCCCAGCAGAUUCCUCUGCAAAGACCUUUAGUGGCUGAUCAUCUCAAUCUAGCCAGUGGCAAAGAGCUAGCUUCGAAGCGGUUCAUGGGUAGACAUCAUUUCCCUUUAUCCUGUACAAUUGAAGGCAGUUCUUCCCCCUCCCAACGGUUAUUGCAAGAAUCUAUUAUCUAUUGCCAAGCUUCUGACUUCUCCAGUAUUUAUGGGAGGGAGGGGGCAAUGUGUCAGAACAGUAGUGGCUCAUGGGACAGAAGGGACCCUCCUUGUUUCCUGAGAAGCAGCUGUUCAGGCAUGAUUUCAUCAUGGCAGUGGCUCAAUCUCCCUGAGAGCCAAGCAAGGGAUGGACUUGGCUGCAGAGCUCUCCCUCCUCCCCUGAUAUGAAGAGAGCAAUUGAGGCCACCCCAAGUGACAGAGUCUGUAUGUAGUGAAGGACAAGCACUUUGAAAGUGGAAGCUGAGCAAGUCUUUCCAGGGCUUGACAUGAGAAGCAUGUUAAGACUUUCUGAUCUUCUGCUGGGAACCAUUUGUGUCAUUGGGGUCCUCCUUGGGCAUACCUCCCUGCCAGGCUUGCCACUGCCAGCAUUUUUGCUUCCCUGCUUUCAUUCUCAUCCUCCCUCCCUCCCAGCCUCACCACCACCACCACCUCCUCCUCCUCCUCCUGGGUUGCCCUGUCCUUACUACGGGACUCUGUCCCCCUUCUACUUGGUAGCUGAGCCUUAUCUGUCUAGUUCUGUGCUAGACGCCUAAAGAUUGUAGCAUGCUUAUCCAUGCCAGGGCCUGAAGGACUGGCAGACCACAAACCUCCUUACAGUAUUCACUGUGGGUAAUUUAUUUAACUAGCGAAUGUAGAAUUAAAAUAAUUUAAAAGAAAACUAACGGUUUGUUUGCAAGAUGGUAUGUCCGUUGUACUUGGCCUGAUUUUUCAUUAUUUGUGUUCCUGUUGAUAUUUUCUUCUUCUUUUUUGUGGAGAAAGGGGGGGGAACGGGGACCUUGGAAUCCACCUGGAAGCUCCGGCUUGAAACCAGAAGAAAGUGGGAAGGGCGGUGUCAGUCCCCAGGCACUUGUAUAACGAAAGGCUGCCACCCUCUCCACCUCUCCACCCUGCAGGCCGGCUAAGGAGACAUGGGGCAUGGGCCACAGCUGGGGGCUGCAGCUGCUCCAGCAUAACAGCUUUGGGGGCACCUGGCCAUAAGCUUCCGCUGCUGCUGCCUGUCCCACCUUGUGUCUUCCCCAUUUUUGUGAGCACCACCCAUGAUACCGAAAUGGCUUUUUAAAAAUGAGGGAUGGUUUUAAAUGUUGUUGGGAAUGAUUUCUUUUGUUCCUUUUUCUGGUCUGCGUUUGUUUGAAGUUUCUGUAUGUAAUGUAGUUAAAACAAAAACAAAAAAAAGUAUUGCCAACCCA